GCGUGGACGACAGACGGUCGAGGGAGAUAGCCGCCGCGAGAGAGGGAGCGGGAGCGGGAGAGAAAGGAGAGCGGGCCGGGAAAGCGCAUGCCGACCGUUGCCGCGUUGCUACCUCGGGCUUCCUUCUUCUCGCGGCCACGCCCACCGCCGCCGCCGAUAUCCAUCCAGCGGCGGCGGCUCCACGUUCCCUUUCAGAUCGCUACCUUUGGGCCCUCGAGACCCGGGCUGCUCGCCAUCGUCGCAUGCUCCGCUGCUCCUUUCGAUGAAUUCGACUCCAAGGUCGGGUUCAAGAAGCAGUCAUCCAAGAAGUCCAUGCUCUUAAACUUGAUACAAGAGAUAGAGCCCUUGGAUAUGAGCCUCAUCCAAAAGGAUGUACCUGCUAACACAGUGGAUGCGAUGAAAAGAACAAUUUCAGGCAUGCUGGGUCUUCUUCCAUCCAACCAGUUUCAUGUCCAAGUGGAAGCCCUCUGGGAAUCACUCUUCAAAUUAUUCGUUUCUUCUAUGAAAACAGGGUACACAUUGCACAAUGCUGAAUAUAGACUAUGCCUUGAAAAGAACUUAGAUAUUUCUGAAGAACAUACUGAAAAAGGAGAAACAUCUUUAGAAAAUGUUAGUCAUGAGAUUUUGAUCGAUAAUUUUUCCACAAUGUCAAAUUCUUUUGGGGAAGAUAUUGUAGGUAACAAUGAUAUGCACAAGGAUAAUCCAUUGCAUGAGGAUGUUGGAUGUGGUGGAGAGAUGACACCUGAAGCAAAAGAAUAUAUUCAGAACCUGCAAUCUCGUUUGAAUUCUGUGGAAAAGGAACUGAACGACAUCAAAAGGAAAAGUUCUGCUUUGCAGAUGCAACAGUUUGUAGGAGAAGAAAAAAAUGAUCUGUUGGAUUAUCUAAGAUCAUUGCAACCAGAGAAGGUUGCUGAACUUUCAGAGCCAACCUUCCCGGGGGUGGAAGAAACUAUUCAUUCUGUUGUACAUGGCCUCCUUGCAACUUUGUCUCCAAAGAUGCACUCAAAGCCCCCUCCUCACUCUAAUAAUGUGACAGGUGGAACCUUAAAUGUCGGGAUGGAUGACUGUGCAGGACUGAUCGAGAACACCUCGAUUCAGUUUCAGCCUCUCAUAUCUGUCCCACGGGAUUAUCUUGCACGCCUUCUUUUCUGGUGCAUGCUGUUGGGCCACUAUCUUAGAGGCCUCGAGUACCGCCUAGAUCUUGUGCAACUUCUCGAGGAUUCUGCCAAGGCACAACAAACGAUUUCACAAGAUGGAGACAUCAUCGUUUGAGGGCUUCAGACUGAUCGUUUACUUAGUUGACCGGAGAAGGCUGUUCGAUGAGCCAAGUGGAGCCCUGAUUCUGUAAGGGUGAGAAUUCGACGACCGACAUCGAUAACAACCCAGUCAAGCUCCUCCAACCUCUGCAAAAUGUGUCGGCACUUUGGAAGAGUAUGGUCAUAUGGCAACUCUAAGAACAACUGUCCCACAGAAGUUACUGCUACAAACUCAGCUUAGUAGUUAGUCGAUGUGGUUGUAAAUUGUUGCUCAGUUAAUGACCAAAUUACUGUUUGUCUUUCAUUUAAUUUCCAGGAGGGACAAAGAGGUGAUGAUAGGUACUUUGAAUCCUGUCUUUAUUGCUUGAAGUCCUUGUCAUAUGUUCUUCGUCAGAGUAAACUGGGAACAGUAGGAAUUAACAUCAUGCGACAUGUUUUACGAGUGCA